AAAAUCCCAAAACCAAAAACUCUAUUUGAAGUUAAAACACACACGCCACUCCAACCUUUGAGGUCAAAGCUAUAUCGGAUCUCCCAUUCAACAUGGAGAAGAUAGAGCACACCACGGUGACCACCAACGGCAUAAAGAUGCAUGUGGCAUCCAUCGGUUCCGGCCCAAUAAUCCUUUUCUUACACGGCUUCCCUGAGCUUUGGUACACCUGGCGCCACCAGCUUCUUUCGCUCUCAUCCCUUGGCUACCGUUGCGUCGCUCCCGAUCUCCGUGGCUACGGUGACAGCGACGCCCCUCCAUCGCCCGAGUCAUACACUGUUUUUCACAUUGUGGGGGAUCUCGUAGGCCUCCUCGACGCCCUUGGUGUUGACAAGGUGUUCUUGGUGGGGCAUGAUUGGGGUGCGAUGAUUGCUUGGAAUUUUUGCUUGUUCAGGCCUGAUAGAAUCAAGGCUUUGGUCAACUUGAGCAUUCCUUAUCAUCCUAGGAACCCCAAGGUGAAGACUGUGGAUGGGUAUAGAGCUUUGUUUGGUGACGAUUUUUAUAUUUGCAGGUUUCAGGUACCAGGGGAGGCUGAAGCACAUUUCGCGCAGAUGGAUACUGCCAAAGUUAUGAAGAAAUUUCUUACAACUCGAGAUCCAAAUCCUCCUUGUAUACCUAGAGAAACCGGGUUGAAAGCAUUACCUGAUCCUCCAGCCUUGCCCUCUUGGCUGUCUGAAGAUGAAAUCAAUUACUUUGCCACCAAAUUUAGUCAGAAGGGAUUCACUGGGGGACUCAACUAUUAUCGAGCUAUGAAUCUAAACUGGGAACUGAUGGCACCAUGGACUGGAUUACAAAUCCAAGUACCGGUUAAGUUCAUCGUGGGCGACCUGGACAUUACCUACCACAUCCCUGGUGUUAAGGAAUACUUACAAAAUGGUGGGUUCAAGAAAAAUGUGCCUUUUUUGCAGGAACUAGUUGUCAUGGAAGGAGUAGCCCAUUUUAUCAACCAAGAAAAACCUCAGGAGAUUAGCAUGCACAUUUAUGACUUCAUUAAGAAAUUCUAGGUUCUUGCCCUUCUCUUGUUUUCAACUCUUCCCUUGAAGCUUGUGACCCAACAAUAAGGCCAGUUUUAUACCAUUGCAAGGCCCUUUGCUUGGCUCUAUUUAAUGCUUUCCAUGUUUUAUUAAUAUUUUUGCAGUGCUUUGUGUACGGUUAUCAGCUUAUGGAACUCAAUGCUGUUCUGAUUUAUAUAUAAGAAAUACAGACAUCCAACAACGUUCUUCAAUCACUAAAA